AUGGCUGGAUACGAGAAUGCAACCUCGGAUAAAUCGCGCUCUUUGCCUAUGAAUAGCGAGAACACGAGGAAGUGGGCUGGGCAAUACGAGGAUAUGGAAAUUCCAAUAUAUAAGUACACCAUUAUUCUGCAAGGUCUCGCAGUUACCUUCCUCCCCCUCCUGGCCGCCGCUGCGCCCGUCGCAGACCCCGAAAUCGAAGCAGAUGGAGAGCUGGACCUUGAGAAGCGCGCAUCAGCGCAGACUUGCAAAAUCGUCAAUGUAGACCACUAUGUCAAUUGCCGGUACGAUGCGAAGUUAGAUGCGGGUGCAAUCUUUGGGUUUCCCAAGGGAGACAAACUUACCUUUGCGUGCUGGAAGCAUGGCGAUUGCUAUAAUGGGGUUUGCUCCUGGGAUCAAGUUACAUAUCUGAAGACAACGUGCUACGUCAAUGGGUACUUCACAGAUAGUAAUUGCUCGAGCAAAAAACUCCCCAAAUGCAAAUAG